AUUGCCUUUUUAGGAGACACCUGAUCACUCACCACCGCCCAGCUCAAUGAAGCUGAGGCUGAUAACACGAUGCUUUCAUGUUUGCCCGCCCUUAAGAGUUUGUCUGCUAGAAACUAAUGAGAAACUACAAGAGAGCUGCGAGGAUGGGGAAGGCAGCAGAGCUCUGAUGUGUGGGGAACAAAGAAAAAUGGGAGUUUCGACAAAAACCUUGAGAGCUGGAGAAGCUUUUUGAACUUCUUUAGGAUGUUUUGGGGCAAGAAAGUUUGAUCUGUUUCUUGUUUUUUGAGGCUUUGAGGUAGUAAAGUACACCUAAAAGGACCCAGAUCAAAAAGCAACAUGGAGAAAUUCAAGGCAGCCAUGGUUUUAAGUGCUGUAGGAGAUGCCUUGGGCUACAGAAAGGGCCGUUGGGAAAGGUGCACCUCCGGAAAGAUAAUCCAAGAGGAACUGGCCUCUCUGGGGGGACUGGCAGCCCUGAAACUGGAUCCUGAUAACUGGCCCCUAAGUGAUGCUGCGCUGAUGCACAUGACCACAGCAGAAGCACUUGUAACAGAUUACUGGUGUCUGGAGGACCUGUACAGAGAGCUGGUGCGUCUCUACGUUGAAGCCAUGGUGUCUCUCCAGGGCCGAGUCCCUGAUCCCGCCACUGUGGAGAACUGUGCUCAUCUCAAACCUUACAACUUCCUGCUUGCCUGGCAUACACCUUUCAAUGAAAAAGGGUCUGGGUUCGGUGCAGCUUCCAAGGCCAUGUGUGUGGGUAUGAGAUACUGGCAACCAGAGAGAUUAGAUAGCCUGGUGGAGGUCAGCAUUGAAGCUGGAAGAAUGACUCACAACCACCCUACAGGCUUUCUAGGUUCCCUGACAACGGCACUGUUUGCAUCCUAUGCCAUCCAGGGGAAGCCUCUUGUGACAUGGGGCCGUGAGCUCUUGAAGGUCAUCCCACGAGCUGCGGAGUACUGCAGGAAGACCAUACGGCACAUGGCAGAGUAUCAGGAAAACUGGUUCUACUUUGAAGCCAAGUGGCAGUUUUACCUUGAAGAGCGAGAGAUUGAUAAGGAGGGACACAACAAAGCUCUGUUCCCUGAUCGCUAUGAUGCUGAGGAAACAGACAAAAUGUACAAGCGUUGGAGUUCAGAGGGCCGCGCAGGCCGAAGAGGUCACGAUGCCCCCAUGAUUGCCUACGACGCUCUUCUGGCCGCAGGAAGUGACUGGGCUGAGCUGUGCAAACGAGCUAUGUUCCACGGAGGUGAGAGCGAAGCCACGGGCCUGAUUGCGGGAUGUCUUUAUGGCCUCCUGCACGGCCUGAGCCAGGUUCCCCCAGGUCUGCACCAGAACGUGGACAAAAGAGAACGCCUGGAGGAGCUGGGAGAGGCGCUGUUCAAGGCAUCAUCUGCAGAGAAAUGCAUAGACAAACAAAACUCUCAGAAAACCGCUAACAUCCCAGAUGCCAGUAUGUUGAAGAAGUUGAUUAGAGAUCCAAAAUGCCGUCCGGUGCUCCGUGGGAUUCUCGAGAGUCUCCUGCAGUACCUGACACAGGAUCUGCCCAAGUGGAUCACCAGAAAUAGAAACUCAGAAAAGCCAGAUGUAGAUACUAUAUCACAAAGAAACACAAGAAACAAACAUCGUUCUGAUCCAAGAAAUGAGACUUCAGUGAAAAUGGCUCCACUUCAGACAAACUGUGAAAUGGUUCAUCUGCCUGAAGCGGAAAAAAUAACCAGAGGAAAAACCGCUGAGACAAGUUCAAACCUCUCAGAAAAGCGUUGGGUGGAGACCCAAAGAAACAAAGGAAAUCAUACAGCAGGAGACUUAAUACCCCGACGCCUUACCACAUUCCAGCUGCUCCAAUCCAAAUUUAUAAGAUCCACACCCAAACCUCCCAUCAGCCAUCAGAGGGAGGUGGGAACUCUGCCCUCCAGCAGAGGAUUGCUGGGUAACAUGAACCGAGACAGCGAGGAUGGCACGCAAAACAGGGAACGAGCCAAAAGACAACGGAAGAAAGAAGGUGGCGUGAAGGAUAUGGUGGCCAAGUUUGCCAUGGCUGAGCAAAAAGAGCAGAAAGUGCUGAAGAAACAGCCGGUCAAACCAAGACUCAUUGGAAGAGGGAUCCUCUUAUCUUCCAUUAUGGAGAAGUUCGAGACCAUGGCCACUGUGUGUCAGGGAAAUGAUUUAAAGUUUUCUCAUGAAAGGAGUUCUCAAGGAGUCAAAGUGACAGUUAAUGUAAAAGAGAAGGUAGCUUCCUUUGAAAGAGAACAGGAGGGCGUCCAAAGUGUCCACAAACCAAACAGAGAGAAUCAAAUUCUUCUCGGGCAGGAGCUGAAGGGAGCUGAAAUUAGAAAUGUGCAGGAUGACAGGAAAGAUCGGGCACACUCACACUCGGGUGACAGAAAUGAUUUGACGGCAGAGCAAAUGGGAGAGAAGAGCUUAGACGAUGAGGUUUGCUGCUCAUUAAAACAUUUGAAGGCUCAACCUUAUGAUUUCAGCAUCCAACGGCAAGAAUGUGGUGAAAAUCAGACAGCAGUUGAUGAAGAACAUUGUAGCAACAACAGGCUAAAAUAUGCAUAUGUAGAGCUGCUCUGUUCAGCUUCUGUGACAGAGUGGUCGUUCCCAGAACCUUACAGGCUCUUGCCUCAGGUAGAGUUUCCACUCAAGUGGCGUGUGGUUACAAUCAGGACCUGCUCUCCUGUGUGGUCCAUGUGUGUAGAUUCCUCUAUUGAGCAGUUUGAGCAGGAAAUCAGUCCUAAUGGUUCAGAAUGCCCGAAACAGGACAAGACAGCGAGGAUAACAACAGAUAGUCCUGGUGGAGAUGUGCAACAGUCUCUCAGUGAAUCAGCUGCAGGUGAAUCCUCCACUGCUAUAACCAAAGGCAAUCCGAAACCCAGUAUGAAGGAAUUUUCUAUACACGCGCACAUUGACACCACUGGCAACCGAGGAUCAAAUCCCCGAAGACCUAUGGCAGUUCAAAGCAGGUUGCCCAGGUAUGUCAUCCCACGUGUUUACAGUUUUGGUUAUCAACAAGGUCCCGAUCAGAAUGAUCCCUCCUCUCAAUUAGCCCUGCCCCCACAAAUCAUAAAUCCUAUCGAUCCACUUCCCCCAACGCAAUCUGAUACGUCUUUGGCUGCUCUUAGCACUGCGCUAAAGACGCUGGAGAAUUUUCAAGACACUAACCCAGGCCUGCAUAAUGGCAUCAGCCUCCCUACACACAGAAGAGGAACAGCAGCAGAGGGUGAACCACAAGAAAGAGACAGGGAGGCCGAAGAGGAAACAAAAGCAGCAAAACCAGUGGACAGUAAAGGCUCAAGUACAAUGCAGAGUGUUCGACUUUCAGAAGAUGCUGCCAGUAAGGAAACGUUUGAAGACAGUCAGGUCUCUGCUGUAACUUUACCUGUGAUUCAACACAAGAGAGAGGAUGCAAAGCAGAGACCGAAGUACACGACAAUCAACUACGGGGAUCCAUCAGUCAAGCAAACAUAUAAACCCAAAGUCAUACGAUUUACUGACACCUUCACUUUCUAGACUGAUAAAUUCAUGUUUUCAGUUUGCCCUGACAAUACAGACUUACAAAUAAACCAACAGGUAACUAGUAAUAUUCAAUUAACAUUAUAAACAGCAAAUUAGCUGCAAUCCACAGGCUCAUACAAACUAGGAAAAAGUCAAAGUCUAGUGCCGUUGGGUAUCUUCUGUCAUAUUGAUGGUAUAUUACAACAUACAAUAUCACUCCCAAGAUUACUAACAUUUUUACUGAUAGACCAAAUGUGUGUCAUGGUUGAGUUGUUGCCAUUUAAAUCUGUGCACAGACAAACAAUGACAUUAGACUCAGUUGUCUUCAAACAGCAUUUCUUUCUGAAGCUGUGGUCUGACUGAAUUUACUGUGAAUGUGCUCAAUGAAAUGUUCAGGAACUGUACAGUACGCACUGCUGUUCAAGUUUAACUGUAUCCUGUCUACGUAUUUUACAUGCAAUACCCCUUUAAUGCAAGAUCCCUUCUAUUUGUCUGUGAAUAAAAUGAAACAACACAGUAUUAUAUGUUUGUGAAUCUAGGUUGUUCAUUUCUUUUUUCUAAAUAAACGCAAAACAGGACACGA